UGAAACGCAUUGGUUUGGCGGCCUUGCCACAUAGGCUUUCUUUCUCUCACAGUAAUCCGCGUCUAGACGCUAUCGCGGCCAAGAAUUCUCCUCUCCUCCCAGGGCGCCCAGAUCUUGGAGUGGCGAUAAGGUAUUAUCCUUCUCUAGCAGCGAUUGGAACGGCGGCGCGGCGAUCGAUCGAUCGAUCGCUGGGAAAAGAUCGGGAUUAGUCUUUCCAGCUCGGCGGCGGCAGUGGAUUGGAGGGAAAUUUCCUGUCCCAGGGGUCGCUAGUGUAGGGUUUGGGGCAAAGAGCAUGAGCGCAAGCGACGAGAAUGAGACACUGGUGAGAUGGGGUCUUCACUUGCUGGAGGUUCAUCCUUUCACUGGUAGCAACGAUUCGCGAUCAUCGUCGCCCGAUUCUCUUCCUUGCUGCUGCCCGGUAGAUGGCACAGAGGACGACGAGGCCCUAGCGAUCUCUCUCCAGCAGCAUCUCUACACCGAGGAUACCACGCAGCCGCAACAGCAGCCACGGGAGGAGGAUCCCCCGAUUGGAGAUUUUUUUGACAAUCGCGACAAGGAGCAUCACAAUCUUAACGAUUACGGUUUGGUGACUGGAUCGGAGGAGAUCUGCGAGGAUUGCGCCGCCGAGGAGAUGAGCAUGGGCAAUCACCACUCUUCCAGCAGCAGCAGCUCCCCAACUUUCUCUUACGAUCAGCGCAACAACAGCACCAACGAGAACGAUGAGGCGAUUGCGGUUAUUCUUUCCGAGGAGUUGGCACAACUCGAUGGAGGAGAAGUUGGCCGGCGGCUCACACACAUGGAAUCCAUACCUCAUAUCCCGAAGAUAAAUGGAGAGAUACCGAGCCCGGACGCUGCCACACUCGAUCAUCAAAGGCUUCUUGAGAGGCUUCAGGUCUAUGGAUUGACAGAGCACAAGAUUCCUGGCGAUGGUAACUGUCAGUUUCGGGCGCUCUCGGAUCAGUUUUAUAGAACACCAGAUCAUCACAUGUUUGUCCGGAAAGAAGUCAUUAAACAGCUGAAGCAGGAUCCAGAACCAUACGAAGGUUACGUUCCAAUGAAAUUCAGCGACUACCUCAAGAAGAUGGCGAAGAAUGGGGAGUGGGGUGAUCACGUAACAUUGCAAGCUGCUGCUGAUGUGUAUGGGAUGAAGAUCUGUUUGAUUACUUCGUUCAUAGAUACUUGCAUCAUUGACAUCAUACCAAAGGAACCGAAAUCAGACAGAGUCAUAUUCUUAAGCUUUUGGGCUGAAGUGCACUACAACUCCGUGUAUCCGGAAGGAGAAGCCCCUGUCUCUUACACCGUCAGGAAGAAAAGGCACUGGUUUUCAUUCUUUGGUUGAAUCCAGUUCUUUUCUUCUUUCGCGAUUUUAAUCUACACCUAUAUACUUUUUCCUUU